AUGAUUCUCUACAUUCUUUUUAGUACAUUUUCUCUAGUCCUCGCUGGACAACUUCGAUUCUCCAAUUUCUCUGAUGUGACCCUGGCACCAUUCUCGCCAUGCAAUGUGAAAGGUCCAUCUAGAGUCGCAGCCAACAAUGAUGUCCUCGAUGUUUUCUUCGAUGAGAAGAAUUAUGAUGGUACUCGCGAUGACCGUGGCGCUGAACUUUGUGUUUUCGAACCUGGCACCCGCAGAAAUGUAGGCCAGAUGGCAAAGGAAGGCUGGCAAGGUUUUAGCGUUUACGUCCCCUCGACAUCCGCCUCGACUCCUUUCCCAGAUGAUCGAGAGACGAUGAUUGCGCAGCAAUUUUGUCCAGGCAGGUGCUCCUCGUGGUGCGGGGGUCUGCGCAUUACGAACAACUCUCUUGUUGCUGAACAUCGACCUUCGUGUGGCAGAGCUGAGAGUGGAGUUCUCGCUGAAAAUCUCACACGCGACAAGUGGUAUGAUGUAGUCGUUCGCAUGCGUGUCUCGCGAGAGCAAGAUGGUGCCUACGAGGUAUGGCUGGAUGGAGUCAAGGUUUACAGCAAACUUGGAAUCAACGUCGGCUUUGGCACAUGGGAUGGCGAUAAGCUGACCACGAGAUGGUACUUCAAAAACGGCAUGUACGCCUAUGAUUAUGAUCAAUACACUGGCUUGACUCGAACACUGCAUUUCGCCAACAUCGCCUGGUAUGAAGCUGAUGAUGGGCCAUCUGGACUCCUGCUAGCUCUGAUGCUCGCGCAGAGUUCAAUCCCUGUUACCCUUCUCGAUAUGAAGAGCGACCUGGACAAGAACCCACGGGCGACGCACUACCCUGCACCUUCGAUGCAUGAGCUCAACCGCGCUGGCGUCGGUGAUGAACUCCGUGAGCGAGGAUUCAUGCCAGCUGGCGUCACCUGGCGUAAGCUGGAUGGCACGCCUAUAGUGACGUUGGAUGCUGGAAACGUGUCUGACGACCCUGACCGCAUGGUCUGUCUGCCAUUGGAUCAACUAGGUGAAAUCCUCAGAAAGCAUCUACUCAAGCACCAAAACGUCAAUAUUCUGUUCAACUACAAGGUCACUGGCAUUGGCCAGAACGAGGAAAAAGCCUGGGUAGUCGCCGAAACUCCUGAUGGUGAGAAGAAGCUCAGUGCCGACUAUAUUGUUGGCUGUGACGGAGCCAACAGUCAGAUCCGCCGUUCGCUUUUUGGUGACUUGGAGUUCCCGGGCAGGACAUGGGACGAACAAAUUGUAGCAACAAAUGUGUACUACGACUUUGACCAGUUCAAAUGGAAUGACUCGAAUUUUAUUGUGCACCCCGAGCACUACUACAUGGCCGCCAAGAUCACAAAAGAUGGGAUGUGGCGAGUGACUUACGGUGAGCUUCCCGGCCUCACAUUUGAGCAACUACGGGAGCGUCAGCCUGCCAAGUUCAGAGACAUGCUGCCCGGUCAUCCGAGUCCGUCCGACUAUAAGCUCGUCAACUUUAGCCCUUACAAGGUCCACCAACGCUUGGCCACCUCUAUGCGUCAAGGGCGAUUUCUGCUUGCAGCCGAUGCCGCGCAUCUCUGCAACCCUUUCGGCGGCCUGGGCCUUACUGGAGGGAUCGUCGAUGUUGGUGGGCUCUAUGACUGCCUCCGAGGCAUCUACGAGAAAAAGGCUGACACCACGAUUCUGGAUAAAUACAACGAGAUAAGGAGACAAAAGUGGCUGGAUGUCAUUGACGUAGUUUCGAGUUCCAACUUGCGCAGGUUGUUCGAGGUGGAUCCUGAACAAGCUCUCGAGACGGAUGGCUUCUUCCAGAUGCUCAGGAAAGCCGAGACUGAUCCAGCGUGCUCCCAAGAGCUCCAAAAUGCGGUCAAAGCCAUCCAGCAUGAUUUCACUCAGUACUACAAGUAA